AUGGAAUCCUCUCAGAACAUCAGCUACAACGGUGGGCUUGUUGACCAAGCAUUCGCCAUUUUGUGUAGAAACAAUGGGCAUUACACCCUCGACCAAGCUCCUAUCAUCCAAGGUGCUGUCGAGACCAUUUUUAACCACAUGGAAGGGGCCGAUCGUCUGACAAAGGUGGAAUACGUGGUGCUCAGGGAAUAUAUCGCUAGGCUCCAUAAGGAUGAACAGUACCUUUUUGCCAGCGCUCUAGCUAACAUAAUUGUGAUCUCACGACCCAUGGGCCAGAUGUCAGAAGCAGACAGCGAGUUUCUACACUUUACAACCAUCUUAGCAGACGCAGAGGUUGUGAAAGAGAUGACCAAUGUGACUGCCAGGGGCUGGGCCCUUUCGGCGGAAGCUUUUGAGCUCGGAUGGGAGACUAUCCGAGCCGACCACAAGAAGUGGAAAUGCAACAACAAUGUUGACAAUAAGCCUUGCGGCAAGAUAAACGACAUUAGCCUCAUUUUCUGUGAUUGUGGUUCUUGUCGCAAAGCUGACACUGAAGCUUUGGCGGCGGAUGGAUCGACUAUCGGGAGAAUGUACAAGUUGAACGACGACUUGACUGAGGAUUGGGAAUACUUUAGUCCCCAGAGUUUCUAG